UGAUGAUGCAGUGCAGUUCAUGAAUGUGAUUGGUUUCGUUGAGAAGUUGAAGCACUUGCUGUUACGAUAAACUAUGGCGGCUUUGUUUUUGGGGCGGAGGAUACUGUCCUUGAGAAACAAUUUGUUCAAGAAUCCCUGCCGACAAGACAGCGGCUUUUACGUACUAUUACCGGAAAUUGGUGAAGAUUUGCCAGAAAAAAAUCCACUUUUGAAAGAGGAAACGCUGUUACCUGAAUUUAAUCAGGCAUCUGUUGAGAAGUGUAUAGCAGUUAUUGGUAAACAAUCGUUGGAAUUUGAACAAAGGAUUAGAGCUAUACAAAGUGAUAUUGACGAGUUACCUAAAGUAGAUGUUUUCAAAGAUGUAUUUGAACCAAUCGAGAAGCUCGACGUGCCAUUGCAAACAACAUGGGGUAUAUCCAAGAUUUUAUACUUUGGCAAUCAAUCUUUGAUGCCAACAAAAUGUUACUUUAGUAUUCACAAAAGGGCAUGGGCUGCUAUUGUGCACAAAUAUAACACAAAAACCAUCUACGAAGCAUGCAAAAAGGCACAAGAAGAAUUAACAGACUUGACAGAGGAGCAGAGUAGGAUCCUGGAAAAAUAUAUACUUGAGGGUAAACUAAAUGGACUUGAUCUGGGUGAGGCGGACAAGUAUUACUUUCAAGAUUGUCUAAAUAGGAUAGCACAAAAAAGCGAGGAAUUCAAGCAGAAGGUUGAGAUUGCCACAAACGUAUUCAAGCACAAAAUCACAGAUCCUGAUAAAAUGAAAGGGUUCCCAGAGGAAUUCUUGAAACUCACUGCAGUAGAUCCUAGCCAGUAUGAAGUGGGGCCGUGGAUCAUUACUUUGAAACCCAAUGUUUUACAAACGUUUAUGGAAUACUGUCCAGACAAAUUAUUAAGAUGGAAUCUUUGGCAAGCCAGCGUCGUGAGAUGUUCAAGGCAGUCGGAGGUGCAGGAAUUAGAAACUAGUUCACUUGUUAAUGGUAUCACGACAGAUAGAUGUGAGAUGGCAACAUACGUGGGUUUUAAGAAUUUUGCCGAAAUGUGCAUGACUACCAAAAUGGCUGGAAGCUUGGAUAAUGUAUAUGAUUUCCUGGAAACUCUUCGGCAAUCUGCAUACCCUUGUCAAGUAGAAGAACUUGACAGCUUGGCAGAGUUUGCGGCAGAACGAGGUUUCGAUCAAAAACUAGAACAUUGGGAUAUCUCUUACUGGGCUAGGAAACAAAAGCGUGCAUUAUACAACUACGAUGAGGAAGUUUUGAAGAAAUAUUUUCCAUUGCCACUUGUAAUGGACGGUCUAUUUCGGUUAAUCAAGGAGCUCUUCAACGUAGAAAUCGUUGAGCACCACGAUGACGUCGAAGUCUGGCACCGUGACGUUGAUUUUUUCGAUGUUUACGAUUUAGACGUUUCUAAGACCGAGCCUUGUGGCAGUUUCUACUUCGACCCGUAUGUUCGGGACCAAAGCAAAGUGUCUUACAAUAGACACUCGGGCUGGGUGCUAUCAAUCAGGAACAAAAGCGAAAUUGUCGGCUGCAAGCCUCUUACAUCGAUCAUCUUCAACUUUCCAACACCUACUGCAGAUGGUAAACCAUCCAUGCUUACUUUAAAGGGAGUUCAGUCUCUUUUUGAAAACUUUGGUCACAUGCUACAACAGGUACUUACAAGGGUAAAAUCAUCUGAGGUAGCAGGUUUGUCAAACGUUGAGUGGGAUGCAACAGCAACAAGUAAGCAUCUCAUGGCAAUGUUGUUGUACCAGCCACGAGUUCUCAAGCUCAUUAGUCGACACGUUGAUACUGGUGAAAGCCUCGAUGACGACAUGAUACAGAAACUAAGAGAGGCACGUUACCACAUGGCUGGUUAUAAUUUGUGCAAGGAGCUUUAUCUGUGCAAAUUUGAUCUCGACCUUCAUUCGAUAAAACGUCCUUGGGAGCAUAUUAUGAAGAGAGCAUGGAAAGAGUUUUUUGUCUUCCCGGAAGACAAAAGGGAUUCGCACGUGUGUUCUUGGGACUCAAUAUUUGUUGAUAAUCUUGGUGGUGCUUAUUACACGGACUUGUGGUCCAAAAUGCUGGCAGCAGAUGUGUAUAGUGCGUUCCAGGAGGCCAAAGGUGUCGAUGAAGAGCAGCGCAAGAUUGCUCGACGUUACAAGGAUACGAUUUUAACAAUGGGAGGCAGUGUGGCCGCAGGCGAGUUAUUCAGGAGAUUUCGAGGCAGGGACCCUUGCGUCAAAGCUUUUAUCGAGAGCUUAAAUCUCAAACCAGUUGAUGAGACGACGUAAAUGUGAUCAGCCAAAUUGAUGAUUGUUAUUGAUUGAAUUAAGAAUAGAGAUUUUUAUUGACUCCGAUUCGUUUUUAUUAGUUUCAAACAUUUACAACGAAUAUUUGUUUGAAAUUGAUGAGGUUUACUUUGCAACGAUGAAAUUAUAUUUUGAUAUUCUAAGCUUAGGCCGGUAACAAAAUGGGUAUGAUGUUUAACAGAAUACUGCAAAUUAGAUUGUGUGCAAAGACUGCUCAAGAUUGUAACGAAAUAGAUACUUUCGGAUGAAUCUUCAAAAAUAUGAUUUCAACUUACCUUAUAUCUUGUAAGUCAUUGAUUUAUUUGUAUAAGACUAUAAGAAUUAUGAUUGUAAAUAUCAGACAUAUACGCGUUACGAGUUA